AGAAGCCACUAUGAAUCCUCAGGAGGCCAUUGACAAACUGCGUGAAGGCCAAGAAAUGCUUACCAAGAAUCAGGAAUAUCUCAGAGGGAAAAUCAAGCAAGAAAUAAUGAUUGCUAAAAACAAUGGCAUCAAAAACAAAAGAGUUGCACUUCAGGCUCUGAAGAGGAAGAAGCGUUUUGAGCAGCAACUGAUUCAAAUUGAUGGGACAUUGUCCUCCAUUAGGGUUCUGCAGGAGGAACUAGAAAAUGCCAAUAUAACUACAGAGGUCCUGAAAAACAUGGGCAUGGCUGCCGAAGCUUUUAAAAGAGUUCAUGGGGAGAUAGACAUGGAUAAUAUCGACUCUCUCAUGGACAACAUUACAGGACAGCUGCAAAUAGCUCAGGAAAUCAGCGAAGCUAUUUCACAGCCUUUUGGUGAUGAGUUUGAUGAGGAUGAGUUAUUGGCUGAAAUGGAAGGGAUGGUGCCCAGCCCAAGACCUAGUCAUCGUAAACCGGCAAUGAAAAAGACAAGCCCUACACGUACAGGAGUGACCAACAACCAAGUCACAGGGAUCCAUCGUAAGCUUGUCCCUAGAAGAACAGAACAGGACAUCCAUCUAUCGGCAAUGGAAAAGACAAGCCGUACACCCACAGGAGUGAACAACAACCAAGUCAUAGGGAUCCAUCGUAAGCUUGUCCCUAGAAGAACAGAACAGGACAUCUAUCUACGAAAGAUAAACUUAUUUCUGAUUGUUGUUGCUCUUUUGGCUGUUCCCAUCAAGAAGUUGCCACAGCGGAUCAUCCAAUCUGCAUACAACUUGACACAGGUCUUAUGCCAGGAGCUCUUAAUGACACAACCUUCCAGUGGCUGGGUUUUCAGCUUUGGCCAGGCACCAAAUAAAGACUUCCUCCUAGACCUUCUGUUGAACAAAUGUUCUGUCUACGCCAUCAAAAUGUGGCCGUGA